AACCCUAGCCCCUCUCUCCCCGCACACCACUCCUCCUCCCUUCCAGAUCGCAGCCGCCACCUCCUCCCUUCCAGAUCACGGCCGCCACCUCCCUACGGCGGAGCUCCUCGCCGUCCAUGGCCUCCCCCACACACUCCUCUCUCCCACCCCCUCCCGAAUCACCGCAUGUCCCUCUCAUCCUCGUCCACCCACGAAGCCCUAGAUCCCUUCUCCCCAUCGCCACCACCGCUCCCUUUUCCCCAUCGCAGUCCUUCCCCAUGUAUCGCGUUGCCCAGAUCCACGCCACACCUCGCCGUCCACACACGCUCACCGUCCACGCCUCCAUCCCUCCUUCUCUGCCUCGCCCUGUCUCCCACCACGCUACACACCGCACGCCACACGCCACCUCCGCCCUCCCCUCGCCACCGCGCUAAUCCCAUCGUCGAGCCCAGUUCCCCCCACACUAGACGAGCGCCGCUGGCGGCGGCAGGUCACCAUGGCCGCCUCCUCUCUCCCUCUCCCGUGACUCUCCUCACCCCCGCCACCUCCUCUGAUCCCAGCCGAUCCCCGGUCGGUUGAAGAGGUCCCGGUGAGAUUGGACCUGCCUAAGGGCAUCAAGAUGCAGACGCAGAGCGUGUGCAAAUGACGGAGGAGGCGAAGAAGGAGCAUAAGAAGAUGCUCGACAAGCUCUCCCACCAAGCGGACGAUAUGAAGGGAUCGUACAUGAAGUUAAUGACAGAGGUGCAGUCGUCUUCAUCUCAUGGUACUACGGCGAUGGAGCAGAGACAUCUAUCUUCUGAAUUGUACUUCAUUUCAGUCCUCAAUUCAAGAUACUAUGAGUUAACGAUGGUUUGGUAUAUGAGUUCGUAUCACUUCUUCUGUUUCGAAAUUGACAUAUGAGUUGCUUAUGUUCAGUAAAUUUCAUGAAUGUAUGAGUGUUUGUCCAUAAAAAUCAAGAGGUGUAGCAUAUAUCUACCAGGGAUAGUAAUUAUUGUUGCUUACAGGUUACCAAAGUGUUGCAGUUCAUACUAAAUGCAGUUCUAGUGGAAGUCAUAAUAUAUCAAGGACGGAUAAGAGAUCAUCUACUUUCAUAAGGUUUUACUUGCCUGGUUGAUUAGUGUUUUUCUAUAGAACAGACUCCGGGCUAUGUAUAAUGGGCAUUUCUAAUUCAUGUGUAUCAUUGAGUGUAUUAUUUUCCUGUUGAGCAUGGAUUUCGAGUCGUUGGACUAGUCGACAACUAGUCUAUGAGUCGCAAAAAUAUGGUUAACUCAACUUAGCGUCGACUCGCGACUCUGAGUCGCGACUAGUCACAACUUAGGCUCGACUUCUUCCGAGUUGCUGCCCCAAAAGUGACUUGCAUGAGUCGUGACUCGAAAACCAUACUUGAGUUUUAACUAUAGAAGAGAAAUCAUCUAUUUCGUUGCAGUUUCGUUGGACUUAUCCUUUGGUUUCAACUAUACAUCAGAGUGUAUCAUUUUCCUUUUGAGUAGCUUUAUCUGGCGUAUCUAGCUCAAGUAGUAGUUUCCCAGUGAAGAAAAAAAUUCCAGUACCAGAGAUGAAUGGUUGAUUAGUUUGAGCUUCAAGCCAUUUUAGUAUAUUUCUUUGUACGUGUGGCUUGUGGCUAAAACUAGUUUACUUUUAAGUUCAUCCAUGAUGGCCCAUAGCUAUGAGAUCUGAGGGAUGCGGACCGUUCAAGCCAUGCAGCCUAUUUCACCUUUGGUGAACCUUGUUUGAGGCUUAGUAUAAUUGAUGUACUAGUGCACUGCUUGGCGUAAAAUUAUAGCAGUACACAUAGAUAUGCAAUGAAUGCUUCUAGUAUCUUACACAUGUAUAUUUGACAUGAAUGUGUACUGCUUGGCUUAAAGUUGCAACAACCAUGUUUUCUGAAUAACUAUAGUUGCUUUGAAAAGCUGUAAUUUAUUGGCGAUGUUACCUUAUUAUUUGCUCUCUUUAAUUGUUUUUGCAGGUCCAUGAUCUAGCCGAACCACUAAUGGAUGUGGCGUCUACGAAGCACUACACCUAGCUUGCUUGCUGGCGCGCGCGUGCGUGCUUCGAUGCACGACGCUUCAUCGAGCUGGCUGGACCACGGCAAUCUCCAGAGCAGGAGCCGGAGGAGGCGACGAGAUGCUACUGCUGCAGCUGCAUCCUCGGAGGCAGCAGCUGCCCCUCGCCGACCUCACCAACCUCCGGCGUCCGCCAUGAGCUCAGCGCAGGACCCCUUCUACAUCGUCCAGGAGGAGAUCCAGGGAUGGAUCGGUAAGCUGCAGACUACGUUCCAUCGCUGGGAGCAAGUUUCUUCAAACAACGGAGAAUAUGUCCAUCGGACAAUAUCAUCGCUGGCAGCAAGUUUCUUCAAACCUGAUUACUUUGUCAUCAGGCAGGCUGAUUGCAUCCAACUCAAAGAGUUCCACAUUUCUAACUUGAGGGUUCCACUUGCACAUGAUGGCCCCACAACUCCUUAUGGAAAGAAGCUUCCUGCAGCUGACAACAAGAUGCUGGCCUUCAUUCUUCAAUAGUUGGGUGCAUAGGAGCUUUAUGAAGAAGAAUCCCGAAGGAAAACCACACCCAGCAAUGCGUUUUAGCUCACUGCAGCUAGUUAUGUGUUGUAUAUUUAGUUGUAUUCUAUAGCUGAAUACCAGAUCUGUACUAUGUAUCAUUGUAAUGUACUUUGCUUAGCUAUUGUAUGAAAUAUCAUGCCUUAUUGGCUCUUUGAAUCAAA